UGACAUAUCUGCCUUCACCUCCAGCACGCUAGGCGACAGCGUGACAACACGUGCUCAGCGCGUCGUCUCCACUUAAAUUUCCGCUGAGCAAUAAGCUACUUUGCGACCUUCCCACGACUACAUCCUGACGCUACGCAUAUCACCUCCUACAAUCAUGCAGGAGGGCAACUUCACAUCACCUUUGCCUCUUGCCGCUCGUGGCUCGCAAGAUCAAGACGACUACAACGAUGCACGAGCGCGCGAGAACCUCGAGACGAAGCUCGCAAAAGUCCCCCUGCGUACGCUACCCCACCAUCGCGAUGUGCACGACUACUACACCAAGAAUGAGGCGAAGCUACGCGUCGCGAAUGUUCCAGAUGACCUCCAGCUCGAUUUCUUCCUGCGUAAUUACAAUGAGAUUGCUGCGGGCAACUUCAAAGCUUCUUCUCUCAAGAGUCUACAGGUCAACCGUGCGAUCUGGUACUACCAACUCUCGGAGCAACACUCUUUCUCCAACCACUUCGAUGUCGUCCGUAUCAACAUAUGCAUCAUGGCCUUCCUUUUUGUGGUGCGAAUUUCGCAUGGAGGGAACAUCGAUGGCUAUUGUGAUGAUUCAGGACAAUCCUUCUUCAUUCUCUACCUCCGUGGAUGGUUGCCAAUGCACUGGGGAGGCGAUCAAACUGCUCCCGACAGUCUCAUCAAAUACUGGCAGGACUCCGGGCUCGAUCUGAUACGUUUCAAAUCCAAGCCACUCGUCAAGGCCAAGGCUGCGAUAAGCAGUAUGUCGCAGAUGGUCCCCGAGAUGUCGCACCUGGAGGCAGAAAACCUGAUCGCCGACUUGAGAUCGGGCAAGAUCAGCGAGGACAUCUUUGAGAGGGAGGGGCCGAUGUUGGCAUUGCAUUGGAUAUUCACUUUCAUGAAAUCCUCGAAAGACAAGAUGGAGAAGGAGAAGGAUGACGUGACGAGGGGUGUUGAACACGGUUUGGCUGGAGAUGAAGAUGAGACAAUGGAGGAGGUGGAUGAUUUCGACCUGAGUACCGUGAGCUGGCAUGAGAGUCCGGUCAGCGACCUGCUUGUCGACAUCGUCCCUGGUAUCGAAGAUCGCCCUCUUCCCACAGAGGGUGUGGAGCAGCGCCAACCUUGGAUGGACCCAACGAAGGCUCUUGAGAUCCUGCAGAUGGUCAAGCAAGACCACCUGACCGAACUGAUGGCCCGGUCAAGCAUCACCAAAGCCUGAGUCAGUGCACACGCUCAGCUUCCCAGCACGUUCGAGGCCUGCAAGUAUCUCCAGUACAAAAAAAUGCAUUAGAUUCGACUCCCAUUCACUACCCUAAGCAUCCAUCUUCUCCUCAGCGCCUAGUAAUACCAUACCAUCC